AUGGCGGGGCUCGACGCUAUAAUAUAUCGAAAGCAGCCUUCGAGGCUAGACAGAAUCCUCGCCCAACCUCACAGAUAUAUAGCACAAACCCUCUACAGACUGCAGCCAGCUGUAGCCCUUCCAAAUCCAGACAGAUUUAGGAGUUCCUCUAGUUCAAACGAGCUCAAAGUGGUUUGCAUAUCAGACACACAUAAUAAUCAAUUCCAGGACAUACCAAACAGUGAUAUCCUGGUCCAUGCCGGCGACAUCACAGAGAAUGGUACUAUCGAAGAGCUCCAGAAAUCUAUUGACUGGCUCGACAGUCUUCCUCACAAAUAUAAGGUCGUCAUCGCGGGUAACCAUGACCGUUGUCUUGAUCCGAAUCACAAAUCUUCAUUGAAUGGCGCCGUAAACUGGAAAGGUUUACUCUACCUUCAAGAUUCCAGCAUCGUCUUGAAUAUCCCAGGAAAAUCUAGAGCAGUCAAGAUAUACGGCAAUCCAUCGUCACCAAAGCAUGGCACAUCGACAUUCCAGUACCCUCGAUCCGAAGAUUUCUGGAAAAACAAGGUCCCGGAAGAUGUUGAUAUCUUGAUUACGCAUGCACCUCCACGAUAUCAUUUAGAUAGUAAUGCAGGAUGCGCCUCCCUCAUUCAAGAAAUUUGGAGGGUUCGUCCAAAAUUACAUAUUUUUGGGCACAUACACUCUGGUCGUGGAACUGAGGUUUUAGCAUACGACCAGUUUCAAAGGUGUUACGAGAAACUGUCUGAGAAAGAGGAUGUGGUAGUGAAUAUCAUGUUGAUGUUUUGGUAUCUAGCUAUAAAGUUCCUUUCCUCAAUGUGUCGGAUUAUUCCAAAGAAUGGGAAAACACUUCUUGUUAAUGCGACGAUGGUAAAAGGGCGAGAUGAAAGUAUCCUGAUAACUAGAGUGGACCUAACCCCCAUAACCCGGUUCCACCAAUUGGCUCAGAUCGGUUUAGUCGUCGGCGGUAUCGCUGAAGACUGCAUUGUCGGAAUCUUCAUCCGACACUUCAUCCUUGGCUAG